AUGGUUUUAAACAGCCCAGGUACGAGGGGAAAGACUUCCUCGGAUGCACCCGCCUCCAACAGUCCGGCUAAACGACUGAAAGCCACCGCGAAUGCUACGCCGUCCUCACCGGAACCAAACAACGUUGCUUCUGACACGACACCUGGUAACACUCCGAAGAAUGCCCUCAAGGGUAGGCGCAAGUCUACCCCGCGCGGUAAACUUGUUCGCUGGGAUACAACUGGCAAGAACUCUCAGCUAACUGGACUAGAUGACACAGAUAUUCUCCUCCUGCUGGCCAUUCAGUACGUCUGUAACCAGCACGCCAUCAAAAUCCCGUUCGACCGCGUUGCUGAGAUCAUGACGGCCAGCUCCGCUCAGGCAUUCACAGAGGGGUCCAUCACCCAACACCUGGCAAAGCUCCGCGCCCGCAGGGUGAAUGAAAGCAAGACAGUUCCUCCCCCGCUAAAGCGCGCCAGUGGCAAGGCCAAAAAGGCCACCCAAACCCAGGAAUACGCGGACUCGGAUUAUGAUGAUUUCGCCGAGGAUUCCAGUUCGGACACCGAGUCGUUGCAACGCUUUGGCACGAAACGCCGCUUCGACGAGCUCGACAAUGGCCUUUUUGUCGGUUGCCCCGAUGGUAACAAGCAAGGCAUCACCCCUCGUUCAUUCGCCGUGCCCCGUGUGAACACCGUUGUGGAUCCCUGUCUUUCGGAGCCCAGUUUCUCACAGUCGGCCCUUGGAAAGUCCCCCAUUCCCACCGGCAAGCAGGAGGUCGUUUUUUGCCAAGGUGCCCCGUUCUUGCAACUGCACCAGGACAUGCAGCAAUCUACUGGUGGAAGUUAUCACGGUUCGUCUCAGGUUCCUGUUCGGUUCUCCUCCCUCCCUGAGGGGUAUAUGCCCCAAUAUCCCCCUCUUCAACCCACUCAACAAUUCCAACCGGCAUGUGCGGAAUUCCAGAGCCCCCAGCAGCCCAUUAACUGGGAGACCAUUAGCCAAGUUCAGAGUGCAUUUCCGUCUCAGGACUCGGUAAGGCAAUUGUUUCCGUUUGGACUCCCAGUGUGUCUCUUUGAUGUUCUUUUUACGGAUACUGAUAUCAACCAGGUGAAUAUUCCCACGGCUCCACGCACGUUUGGCCAACAGCCUCAGAGUUCCGGACCCUCUGACGAAAGCCUGAUGCAAGGUGUCACCGUCAACCCGGCUCUUCUGGAUAUGAACAAUAUCAACCCGGGAUAUGUUGGCGGUGAGAUUGACGCUGCGCUAAAUGAUCCGGUUGAUCUGAAUGGUCUGUUUGCCACCGACGAAACCCACCAAGACGCCUCAAUUUGGUUGAACUACAGCGAUCAGGAGUUCCUCAACUGGCCUGAGGCGAACCAAAGUGGUCUGGCCAGUGACCUCGGGAAUCCAUAA